AUGGAUGACAACGACACAAGUGCAGGAGAUGCUGCUGGCCCGAUCAUGCAUGCUGGUGAGGAUGACAAGCGUUCGACCUUUCACCAGAUCUACACGCACUGCUGGUUCCAGAUCAUUCUGAUCAGCUUUAUCUGUUUCUGCUGCCCUGGAAUGUACAAUGCCCUGGCCGGUCUAGGAGGCUCCGGCCAAGUUAACCAGACGGUGGCUGCUAAUGCGACAGUCGCGCUCCUUGCCGCGACUGCCGGCACGGCGCUUUUUGUGGUGGGACCGAUAUUUGAUCGUGUCGGACCCCGAGUGUGCCUCCUGCUGGGCGGAUGGACCUAUCCUUUAUACUCUGGCAGUCUCUUGUGCUUCAAUUCCACCAAGAACGGCGCCUUUGUUAUCGCGGCCGGCGCAAUUCUCGGUGUGGGCGCAUCAUUCUUGUGGGUUGCCCAGGGAGCUAUCAUGACCACGUACGUGAAGGAAUCGCAAAAGGGGCGAGCCAUUGCGGUGUUUUGGAUCAUCUUCAACCUGGGUGGUGGUGUGGGAUCUCUAGCGAGCUUUGGACUCAACUACCACUCGAAGAGUGGCACGGUCUCGAACGGAACCUAUAUUGCGCUGCUGAUUAUCAUGGCUAUUGGAUGGCUUCUCGGCGUGUUCAUCUGCCCACCAUCAAGCGUUCGCGUGUCCCAGCUGCAGGCCACACCGCAAUCUGAGAAGAACUGGCGGAAGACGGCUCGCCAGGCAGUGCGCACGGUUACCGAUUGGCGCGUGGUGUGCAUGUUGCCUCUGUUUUUCUCGGCCAACGUCUUCUACUCGUACCAGCAGAACGUGGUCAACGGCAUGACCUUCAAUAUCCGCACGCGCUCACUCAAUGGGGCUCUUUACUGGAUCGCGCAAAUGCUGGGCGGACUGAUUAUCGGCCUCAUCCUUGAUAUGCCGGGCUUCACACGGCCUAUGCGCGCUCGCAUCGGGUGGGUCUUCCUUUUCGUGACGGGGAUGGCUAUCUGGGGUGGUGGAUAUGCGUUCCAGAAGUGGUCGGAUCGUCGGGUGGCGGCGGGCUUCAAGCAGGACAUCGAUUAUACCGACAGCAGUAUCUCGGUUGGUCCGACCUUGCUCUACAUCUUCUACGGCGCAUACGAUGCCUUCUGGCAAUCCUUCUGCUAUUGGCUCAUGGGUGCCCGCUCCAACUCCCCUGCCGAGACGGCGAUUACCGUGGGCGCAUAUAAGACCUUCCAGGCGACUGGCGGUGCAAUGGCCUGGCGCAUUAAUGCCCUGAAGAAGCCCGCGAUGACACAGUUUGCCAUGGACUGGGGUCUCUGCAUGGGCUCGCUCGUCAUUGCCCUGCCAACUGUCUUGGCAGUCACUCUAACGAGUGACCCCAACUCAGAGGCUCUCAAAAGCAGAGAUGUGCCCGACUCGAAGGAAGACCCUCGGGUUGAAAUCAAAGAGUGA